GCCUCUCCUGCGCCCCGCUGACCUUUCACUUUGUUCCGAAUAGGAUGGCACCGUCUUUAACGAAAAGUUGGCCGGCCCGGCGCGCUUCUCCCCAGACAAUGCUGCCCAGCCCUGGCGGCUGUCAGAAGCAGGAAUGCACGACUUCAGUUUAUUUCUAAACAGACUGCUUAAACGGGCUUUGGAUAUAAAAAGUUCCCCUUUUUUGUUAAUGCUGUUUAGUCGUCCCUUUUGCCGAUUCUCAAGGAUAGUUUGUUUCCUAGCUUGUAGCAGCACUGAGACCAAACUCUUGUGAGAUGGACCACUAGCUUCCCACGGAAGGGAAAAGCAAGCAGGAGGCAGUGUGCCCGUGGAAAUGCAGAAAUAGUGCGGGCUUCGGGCUGACAGAAGGGACCAGUUUGGAAAAAAGUGAUGAUCUCUGAGUUUUUCUCUGAAAGUACUUCGUGUGUAGCAAUAAACGUGGGGACUUCAGAAAGCUCAGGCAGUUCCGGCGAAGGGGGAGACGAAGCAGGAUUGCUGCGUGAAAACAGAGCUGCUGAGGGAAGAGCUCUCUAUGGCAGCCGAUGGAGGCUCAGCAGAGAAGCAGGGCGGAGAGGCCCCUGUGGCCGCAGACAGCGAAGCCAACGGGUCCUGUGGAAAGAGCGAGGCUAGUGGUCACGUGACUGCAGCACAGCAGACUCAGGAGAACACGGUGGUCAGCCCACAGGAAGGGACCAACAGACUAGCUCGGAUAGCUGAAAAUGGGGUUUCAGAAAGAGACAGUGAAACGGGGAAGCAAAACCACAUCAACACAGAUGACUUCACACAGACUUCUGUCAUCGGGAGCAAUGGGUACUUCUUGAAUAAACCACCCCUGCAGGAGCAGCCCAUGCGGAUUACCAGCACUUUGGCUUCCUCGCUUCCUGGUCAUGCUGCGAAAACCCUUCCCGGAGGUUCUGGCAAAGGGAGGACUCCCAGUGCUUUUUCUCAGACGCCAGCCACAGCGCCGGCCAAGCUCGGGGAAGCAAGUAAAGACGCAGAGGACAAGAAGCCCAUGGCCCCUGGUGCCGACGUCAAGGUUCACAGGGCACGGAAGACCAUGCCAAAAUCCAUCCUGGGCCUGCAUGCAGCCAGUAAGGAUCCCAGAGAAGCUCGAGAAGCUCGCGAUCAUGAGGAGCCAAAGGAGGAGAGCAACAAAACUCUUUCUGAUUUUGGACGACAGCAGCUUUUACCCCCCUUCCCGCCCCUCCAUCAGUCACUACCUCAAAACCAGUGCUACACAAAGUCACAGACAGCUUGCUUGCCUUUUGUUUUAGCAGCUGCAGUAUCUCGGAAGAAAAAACGAAGAAUGGGAACCUAUAGCCUGGUUCCUAAGAAAAAGACCAAAGUAUUAAAACAGAGGACGGUGAUUGAGAUGUUUAAGAGUAUAACUCAUUCCACUGUGGGUUCCAAGGGUGACAAGGACCUGGGCGCCAGCACCCUUCACGUGAAUGGGGAAAGCUUGGAGCUGGACUCAGAGGAGGACGAGUCGGAGGAGCUUGAUGAGGAUGAGGACCAGGGGGCCGAGCAGGCUGCUGCAUUUCCCACAGAGGACAGCAGGACCUCUAAGGGGGGCAGUGUGUCAGAAACCGACCGCACCCAGAAGACGGACGGCGAGUCUGAAGAGGAGCAAGAGUCAGCCGGCACCGGGGAGGAAGACGAGGAUGGAGAUGAGUCUGAUCUGAGUUCUGAAUCCAGUAUCAAGAAGAAGUUUCUCAAGAGGAAAGGAAAGCCUGACAGCCCUUGGAUCAAGCCGGCUAGGAAACGGAGGCGGAGAAAUAAAAAGAAGCAAAGCAGUGUGCUGGGUUCUGAAGCAUAUACGUCAUCUUCAGGAAGCGCAGAGCAGACGGCGCCCGGAGACAGCACGGGGUACAUGGAAGUCUCUCUGGACUCCCUGGAUCUCCGUGUCAAGGGGACGCUGCCCUCACAAGCAGAAGGGCUGGCCAAUGGUCCCGAUGUGGUGGAGACAGACGGCCUUCAGGAAGUGCCCCUCUGCAGCUGCCGGAUGGAAACCCCGAAAAGCCGAGAGAUCACCACUCUGGCCAACAACCAGUGCAUGGCUACGGAAAGUGUGGACCACGAACUGGGCAGGUGCACCAACAACGUGGUCAAGCAUGAGCUAAUGCGCCCGUCCAGCAAAGCCCCGCUCUUGGUGCUCUGUGAAGACCACCGGGGCCGGAUGGUGAAGCACCAGUGCUGUCCCGGGUGUGGCUACUUCUGCACAGCGGGUAAUUUUAUGGAGUGUCAGCCUGAGAGCAGCAUCUCUCACCGCUUUCACAAAGACUGUGCCUCUCGAGUCAAUAAUGCCAGCUACUGUCCCCACUGUGGGGAGGAGAUCUCCAAGGCCAAAGAGGUGACCAUCGCAAAAGCGGACACGACCUCCACCGUGACGCUGGCCCCCGGGCAGGACAAGAGCUCCUUGGUGGAGGGCAGGGCUGACACGACCACGGGCAGCACUGCUGGACCACCGCUCUUGGAGGACGGCAAGCCGCAGGGCACAGCCCCCCAGGCAGCCGAGGGCUUCGACCUCACGGGGCCUGCCGGGCUGGUGAAGCCGGCCCCCGGCCUUUCCCAGGGACCAGGGAAGGAGACCUUGGAAAGUGCUCUGAUCGCUCUGGACUCGGAAAAACCCAAGAAGCUUCGCUUCCAUCCGAAGCAGCUGUACUUCUCCGCCAGGCAAGGAGAGCUGCAGAAGGUGCUGCUCAUGCUGGUUGACGGGAUCGACCCCAACUUCAAGAUGGAACACCAGAGCAAGCGCUCCCCGCUGCACGCCGCCGCGGAGGCCGGCCACGUGGACAUCUGCCACAUGCUGAUUCAGGCGGGCGCGAAUAUUGACACCUGCUCAGAAGACCAGAGAACCCCACUGAUGGAAGCAGCAGAAAAUAACCAUUUAGAUGCCGUGAAGUACCUCAUCAAGGCCGGGGCCCUCGUGGAUCCUAAGAUACAGAAAAGCCAAUCCUGACAUUCAUACGGAUCUCAGGGACCCUGA